AGACAUCGGAGAUAUAAGCAGCAAUAACUUGAGACCAAAGUUUGCAAAGAAGGGAACCCUGACCUAGUUCCUCUUAAUUGGACAACAGCCAAAACAUCCAGAUGUGAAGUUUGGUGAACUGCAGCCCAACACCUACAUUUUCUGCAGAUGGAUUUAGAACUCAUAACUAAAAAAACAAAGGCCCAGGAGGAUCCAGAAACAAAGAGACUACGGCAGUGCUGAUGCUGACCAAUGAUAAUAUGAGGCUACCAGUUACCGGUCCCUGGUUUUCAGCUGGGCUUCAAACAGACGAUGGAUCUCUUCUACAGUCUGAUACACAAUGACCUCCCCUGGCAACUUCUACUGCGCUUCAACAACCAACUGAGCAAAGUGGAUUUGAACAAACUGAAUGGAACCCACACUAAUAUCCCCAAGCUGAAAGCUGGUCUUGUAGGAGGCCAGUUUUGGGUUGCAUAUACACCAUGUAACACCCAGUACAAGGACGCUGUGAGACAAACCCUGGAGCAAAUUGAUGUCAUACACAGAAUGUGUCAGAAGUACCCUCAAACUUUCCAAUGUGUACGUUCAAGCAAUGAGAUAAAAGAAGCUUUCAAAAAUCAUAAACUGGCCAGUUUAAUUGGCGUGGAGGGCGGACAUUCCAUAGACAGUAACAUGGCUACACUACGCAUCUUCUACCAGCUGGGUGUACGCUACAUGACUCUCACGCAUAGCUGUAAUACACCAUGGGCUGAUAAUUGGCUUGUAGAUAUGGGAGAAAAUCCAGCUGAGAGUAAUGGACUGUCUGACUAUGGAAAGAGAAUUAUUAGAGAAAUGAACCGGCUGGGAAUGAUCAUUGAUUUAGCGCACACUUCUAUCAAGACAAUGAAUGAUGUCCUGCAAGUUUCAAAGGCUCCUGUCAUAUUUAGUCACUCAAGUGCCUAUGCCCUGUGUAACCAUAAACGCAAUGUACCAGAUGACAUUCUGAGAAAAGUGCGGGAGAAGAAUGGUCUUGUGAUGGUGAACUUCUUCAACAACUAUGUUACUUGCAAGUCUACGGCUAAACUUUCAGAUGUGGCAGAUCAUUUUGACCACGUUAAAGCUAUUGCUGGUUACCAGGCUGUGGGAUUUGGUGGAGAUUACGAUGGUGUUCCCAGUGUUCCUGCAGGUUUGGAUGAUGUGUCCUUCUAUCCUGAUUUAGUAGCUGAACUACUGCGGAGAAACUGGACUGAUAGAGAAGUAAAAGCGGCCCUUGGAGAGAACUUUCUGCGUGUUUUUCAGCAAAUAGAGCAGGUUAAAUCCUCUCCUGGAGAUGAUGAGCCCAUUCCAUAUGAUCAGGUUCAGAAUCAAUGCAGGACCGGCUAUGGUUAUGGGGAUCAAAAUAAUAAUGGAAAUUCACUGGUCUUGAUGCCUACAGUUGUCAUGGCAGUUUACCUAGCAUACCAUUUAUUAGUGUAAGAGCCAAGCAAGAUAAAAGGAAGCAGCAGUCCCUGAGCAUGAUAGUCAUUCAGAAAAUACAACUUGAAUAA